AUGGAUGGGCUAACCUGCAACGGCGACGAGUUUUCACUGGACUGCCAGGGACUCGUUGCUAGAAGCCGCCAGAAUUCCGAGCGAGCAGAAUAUUCCAAGGCGUUGGCGACCCUCCGGAACUCGGUUGGUCGUUUCUCUGGGGCCGAUCGAUUGCGAAUCCUCCUCGAAAUUGCUAGCAUCCUUGGGGCGCAGGGAUACAAACGUGAUGCUCUGGAGACUCUAACGGAAGAUGUAGGAACGCUUAACAAUAAUCUGACCCCCGAAGAGACGUGUCUAAGCACUCAAAUGAAGAUGGAGGCGUGUCUGCUGAGACCUCUCGUAACAACUUCCUUCAAAAUGGCCAUUGAAGAAGCAGAGAUCUUGCGAAGUCAAACCUCGAAUUUUGCAGCAACCAAGGAUCUUGACUCAGCAAUGAUCGAGACAGCGUUGACGUAUGCAAAACUACGCUUCCUGUCCUGCGAGUAUCACAGUCCAGUCGCACAUACAGAGCUCGAGGCGAUCAUCUCCUGGCUAUUGCCGACUUUUGACGACCUCAUUUCGGCUUGCCGCUACCGCGAAUCACGGAAAAUAAUCUACGCCUAUGGCGUGUUUCUAGCCUCCGCUCCCAAGCUGGGGGUUACCAAUGUCGACUUUCAGUCCUGGAAUCGGAUGAUAGAAUCAGUGCUCUCUGUGCCCGACGCCCCGCCGCUUAUCAAAGCUGAUGUAAUGGCACAGCUCGCCAUGAGAGCUGAUGACGAGCUUGACGGUGAACAAAUCACCAAGCUGGAGGAGGAUGCCAUCAAGAUUUAUAAUGCCGAGGGUCAUUUGGUGGGCGCCAUGGAUGUCCGGUGUCAGCAGAUAAGCCGCGCCAUCAAGAGGGAUCACACCAGUCUUAGUGAUGAGAUUCUUGAAGAAAUGAAGGGAUACUUUGAGAAAUACGAGGCCACCGAAUCGCUGGUUUCGUACCAAACCGCUGUCCACGCAAUGCUUGCUCAUAUCCCGCACUGGCUUGGCUUCGACGUGCAACUGCAGCUCUCUCACAUCAAUGAUGAGCUAGCCAGGCUAUCCGGGGCCCUUCUCAUAAGCCAGGCCGUUCGCUUCCGUCUCAUAGCACAGUGGCUUACACGAUCGGGCGCCGCCCCUCGUGCGGUAGAGGCAUCCGAGGCCGUCUACGCAGCUCUCCAGGACGGCGACUGCGUCUACUUCCAAGGCAUGGCAGCGCACUGCGCAUCGCAAGCUUACUUUCAACUUCAAGACCACGCCCGGGCGCAAUCAUGGGCAGAACGUGCAGCUUCUCUGUGGGGGAGGGGAUUCCCUCAUCUCAGGACGGAUGCCACGAAUAUUCUUUUACACGCAAAAAUUGGACCCGGUGCAGAAAACACGGAAGCAAUGAAAGACGUCAUUUCGUUUGCCGAAGCCGAGAUCGAGUCGGACGUCAACAACGGCUUCAUGACGCAUGCGCAGCAGAAGGCGGAGAUGAUUAUUGGGCAGCUUACACGGCUGCGCUCCGACGAAAGAUGCCAAUGGAUGGAUAGGGCGGAGCAAUGGAUGAAGAACGACGCCGCGUCGAGUUUAGAAGAGUCGGAUGUCCGCAGAGCGGCUCUUCACCAGUUACGAGCGACUCAGCUUGGAGCAAACAUCCAGAGCACACAAGCCGAGGCGUGGGAACCUUGCAUGGCCGUCUUUGAGGAUGCAGUAUCCCUGUAUAUGAAGCACAAACGGCUUUUAGAGGCUGCCAACACGCGAAUGAUGCAAAGCCGGGCUGUUUUCCGCCACUUUCAGCUUUCACCUUUGAUGGAACUGCUCCAGCGCUCCUUGGAGCUCAUGGAUAUAUCGCUCGAUCUGUUCAAGACGGUAGACAACGUCGCGUUCAUCACCUUGGCCAAUCAAUACCGAUCUUCCAUCUACACCGGCUGGAAGUGCGGGUGGGUGAGCGCCGAGGCUGUUCUUGCCGCGCUGAGAGACGCAGAGGAAGCUUGGGCACGGCAACGAGCGGACAUGACUGUGUUUGCUAGCCUCGAGGCAGUCUCUCGCAGACAGCAGCUGACGUCAAUCAAGGACCUGCGAGACGUGUAUCAGCUCGCCUUCUCGGUUUGUCUCGAGUCGGGGAAACUGAGGGAACUGUGGGAAUGGACACAACGAGGCAAAGCUCGCAGUUUGUCGGACCAGCUUGGCGUGGAUGGCAUCAUCCCCGCCGACUUGCGGAAACAAGCCUUGGACUGUCCCAAAAGGAAGGACUUGAUUCAGAAGUCGGAGCAACUGUCGAAUCAAAUCAGUAGUGGUACGAAUAUCGCACGUCUCAGACUUCGCGGCGAGUUGGAUGCCGUGCAUACACAGAUGCGUGCAGAUCCGCUGCUCAACACCAUUCUCGACAUCAAAAACGGAACACCCGUCAAGUUGGAACAGAUUCAGCAGCUGGCCCUUGGCAUGAAGAGAGAUGACCCACGACGGGAUAUUGUCUUUGUCGACUGGGUGGAAUACCUGGGCCACUUUUGGGUCGUGCUUCUCAGGGGCGCCUCUGAGCAACCUACCGUUGUCCGGUGCUCGCCGUCUGUCGAUGAUGUGGUUUCCUGGAAGCAGCAGUGGAUGGAUGCAGACCCAGGACAAGUUUCAGCUCUAGAAGAAGGCGACUUGUACCCCGAGGACGAUCCGGAAUUCAGCUUGCGCGCCCUUGACGGCCUCGUCGCGCCGUUGGAGAAUCUGACGCAGCCACGCGACCUCUUGGUCUUCUGCCCGACUGGUAUUUUGCACUCGAUACCGCUACACGCACUCUGGGUUGCGUCCAAAACGCUCAUCCUCGAGCGGAAUCCGAUAGUCUACAGCGUCAGCCUGACAACCUUUUGGCAAUGCUGCGACCGGGCGAGAAGCGCCAGAAGAUUGGCACCGGCAUCAGACGAGAUGGAAAACGGCCGGAUCACGUCUGGGAACUGGACUUUUGCCGGCGUCUUUGAGCCGGUGCCAGACGAAUCGUUCAAUCCCAAGGAACAAGACCGCGUUUACUCGCUGAUUGCGGAAACCGCGGCCACGCUGAAGGCAGCAUCGGCUACUGGCGCCACGGUAACAAAGCAACAUGUCCGAGAAUCGCUGGAGGACUCGGCACUAUUCACGUUCUACGGUCACUGCCGUCUGGAGCGCGAGGACUUGGCUGCUCAGGGACUUCAGCUCGCGGACGGACGGCUGACGGUGCGGGACAUGUUUGACAUGAAGCUUCACGCGCCGCAUGUGACGCUCGUGGCAUGCGACUCGGCGUCUCAAGGCAUCGCGGCGGGUGACGAGCCUCUCGGAAUCGUCACGGCGCUGCUCUGCGCCGGCGCGGGUUCGGUCUUGGGCACCAUCUGGCCGACGGCGACGCGCGCAGGUCGUCGCUUCACGACCCAGCUGUACCGUCGUAUUCUUCGCCAUAGAGCCAAUGGCGGGAAAGCUGGCUUGAUAGAUCUGGCGGAAAUAACACAGGGAGCGGCGUUGGCGUUGCGUCAAGACAUGGACACGAUCCAGCCGUACCACUGGGCAGCCUUUGUGUUGCACGGAUCUUGGGCCAUGUAUGAUUGA